AUGUUUCCUUUUGUAGGCAACUUGUUCCGAAAUGACUUCCCUUUGUUCCUAUUUGAUGAUCACUUCAUUCCAGGCCCAGGAGUUAGAGUAAGAGUUCCCAGACCGCCAUACACUAAUAGGCAAUUUAGAGAUCAAGCUCCUAAACCUCCCAGUUUGAAGUUGAUGCAGAGUGUGAGAAAACCGCUCAAAGAUUUCACAGAAAACCAAGGCCAAUAUUGGGCAAUCUUGGGUGAUGAAUAAUAUGAAAAAGGGGAUUUUUUCAAUGCAAUCACUCAUUAUACUAAGGCUAUCGAACUUACAGAGGGAACUGAAAGCUCAUUCUUUCGUUGCAGAGGAUUGGCCUUAAAAUAGGCUGGCAAUUUAGAUCCUGCUUACAGAGACGCCAUCAUUGCAAUUGAAUUGGAUGAUAAGAAUAUCAAGGCACAUUUGUUAUGCGGAUAAGUGUUGGCUGAGCGAGGAAAAAGUUCUGAUAAUACUUAGGACAUUGAGAAUGCAAUAAUAAGACUGACUAAGGCUAGAACUCUGUGUGCGGGGUAAAAGAAGGAGUAUUAUGAAGAUGAACUUAGUAAGUACAUUUAUAGAGCCAAAAAGUUACUUUGGUACAAAAAUUAAGAAAUAAAUAAUAAGAAUAAGAGAGUGGCUAUUGAGAACUAUAAAACUUAUUUAAAUUAAAGAUAGGAUCUAAAUCCUGAGUAGAGGUAGAAGGAGUUGGAGGGAUUCAUAAAUUCUAUAGGGAAUCCAGAUUAGAAAUAGGAGUAUGAUAUUCCCAGUUAUUUGAUAUGCAAGAUAACAUUGGAAUUGAUGGAAAAUCCAGUUGUAAACGAUGCUGGCCAAACUUAUGAGCGUGACAUGCUUAUCGAGGCUAUAAACAAGAAUGGGCCCAGUGAUCCGACGACAAGACAGCCGAUUAGUAAGAAGUUUUACCCGAAUGUGAAUGUGAAGCAAGCGACGCAGGACUUCCUGUUGAAUAGUCCGUGGGCAUUCGAAUUCCAGAAAGGGGAGGAGUAUUAAAAUAUUGAGUUUUGA